UUUACCAUUUUGGGAGGGGGAGGGGGGUUCAGCUCGAAAGCUCCCUCCUCGUAGAUCAGUCUGUCAUAUUAUGUAUAUUUUUUUUAAUUGAUGUUUGCUCCCCAAAAUAAUUGUUUAGUAUUUUUUUUUUUCACCGUAGAAUGACUGAGGGUCCCUGUGAUCACUUUUAGCUUAUUUUGAGAAAAUUGUAAAUUCGAUGAUAUAACGUAACACUUCUGGUUGGUCCUUUUUGGCAAAAAAAAAAAAAAAAAAGUGCUGUAACACCGAGGCAUAUUAUUUUCUUAAACGCGUAAUUUCGGUUACGUAUAACUUUUAGUUUUCGAACUAAUCUGUUGAUACACACACCGACCAUUUUUCGAUUUUUUUCCAAAUGUGCUCUCUAAACAAUAAUAUUAGGUCAUUCUUGCUCGUAAAUAUGUUUUUAAACAAAUAUCGUAUAUAUUGUGAUUGUUUCUUUUUUAUUAAGUAUUUAGCUUAGAUCUCAAAAAUAUCAAUCACAAAAAUAAAUAUGGCCCAGUAAAAAAAAAAAAAAAAUCCUUAAACCCAUGUAUAUUCCAAGGAAGGGUGUUUACUAACUUUGCAGCGUGGUCGACUAAUUCUGCCGGCAGUUUAUGUUGACAUUGAUAACGUCUUAGUUUGAGACGGAUGGUGGCCAGUGGUAGUGGUGUCUUAAUGUUAAUCAGGAUUAUUUCUCCUAUUGCAAUACUGAGAAGAUUGGAACUUCAUACACCAACCACGAGUUAAAAGUUGCUAUGUAAUUAAUCAUGUUCUUGUCAUGCCUUAAUGAUAUGUUCUGAAAUAUUGAGCUGAUUAAAUUUAAAGAAAUAUAUAUUUUCAAAAUUUUAUUGGUUGGACUAAUUGAAGAGUUUGUAUUGGAAAAAUGGAAGUCGAAAUUGAUUUGGACGAGUUAGAAAAAGAAAAGGCUGAAAAUUACUUCAAGUUCGCUUUCGAAAUGUUUCCUGAAGUGGAACCUGGUUUCCUUGAAUCAAAAUGUAUUCAAUUUGCUUUUGAUCAAGAGGGGUUUAAUAAUUUUCUAGUGAACACAAUGCUACAAAAUAAAUAUCCUAAGCAACAACCGUGUUCUUCAAAAGCUUUUGUUGAAAAUAAAGAUGACUUUACUGUUGAAACAUUCGCUAAGAAAUAUCCUGAUCCACAAAAAUACUUCCUGGAGUCUGAAUAUGGUUCAGAAUAUAUUGCACACUCAAUAUCUUUUCUUCAAGAGAGGUUCAGGUUUAGCUCAGUUUAUGAAAUAAGACAGAUACUAAGGAAAAAUAAUUUUAAACUUUAUGUGUCAUACGAAGAAUUGAAAAAACUUAAGAAGUCACGAAAAACUCCUAGACAUCAAAGUGAAAUUAUGCAAGCUAUUGGUGAACCACCAUCCGUAUUCUUCGAUGAGGUAAAUUUCAUUAAGAGUAAAGAGGCUAUUUUGAAAUAUCUGGAAGCUAAGCAACAGGCACGGGAAGCUGCUAUUACAGAGGCAAGAAAGAAUGGUACUCUACUCACUUGUGGCUGUUGUUUCUCGAAUGAUCUGCUUACUGAGGAUGUUGUAUCGUGUUCGGAAGGCCAUCUCUUCUGCAAAGAUUGUGUUAAGAAGAGCACCGAAGUACUAAUGGGUGAAGGGAAAAUUGAUUUUCCUUGUUUGGCAGACUGUGGCUCUUUUUUUCAUAUUGAAACAUUAAAGGCUGUAAUGGAAAAUGCAACACAUGAAAAACUUCUUAAAAAACUCCAAGAGAGGGAAAUAGCUCAAGCUAAUAUUCCUGGGCUUGAAAGUUGCCCAUUUUGUGAAUAUAGUGUUAUUCCAGACCCUGCUAGUCGAAUUUUUGAAUGUCUCAGCUGUAAAAAGUCUUCCUGCAGGUUUUGCCGAAAAGAAAGCCAUAUUCCUUACAGUUGCAGUGAAGUAGAUGAUGUUAAUGUACAAAAUCGAACAUAUGUAGAAGAAAAAAUGACAGAAGCCUUGAUAAGAAAUUGCUAUCAAUGUGGUUCAAAGUUUGUCAGGGAAGAUGGGUGCAACAAAAUGACAUGCAUUUGUGGAGCAUUAAUGUGUUAUAUUUGCAGAAAACAAAUCAGUGGAUAUUCUCAUUUUAGUGAUGACACUGAUGAAAUAAAUGCUGGAAAGUGCCCAUUAUGGACUGAAAAUUAUAAGCUUCACACAGCUGAAGUUAACAUGGAAGCAGAGAAAGCAAUAGAAGAAAUAAAAAGAAAAAAUCCAGAAUUUGACACAGACAUAUACAAAAGGUUGAAAAAAUAAUUAAGAAAAUUAUAAUUAUAUAAUGUUGUUGUUAUGAUAAUUUAAUGAGAUAAAUUAUGUCUCCAAAAUCAUUAUUUUAAUUAAUUAUUAUUUUAACUUGUAAAAAUUACUUUGUUUGUAUUACUCAUUCCUUUUACUUUUAUUGUUUUGUACUUUUGUAAUUUAUUUUUUAAGUAUUGAAGAAGGUUGUGAGUAUUAACUAUAAUGACAUCUUAGUGUGAUAAUUACUAAGAUUUUAAACUCUAUUAUGACUGUCUUUGUUUUUUGUAUCUUUUUUUUUUAUCUAAUCCAUUAUUACUUUAGUAUUCAAACUAAAACUUAAUCAAAAUUUAGGAUGAGCACUGGCUAGAAACAUCACUAAUAUCUCUAUAUCAGGUUAGAUGUUCCAAUUUCAAUUUUAAGUACAUUCCCUAGGGUAUUUUCCCCUCAAAAUUUAUUAUGUACAGGGAAAUGUGUUGUGAAAGUGCUGUUAUAUUGAUAUUUUUAGUACUUUUGCAAAAAAAAUUUAUGGUAUACAAUUCAAGUGCUUAUUUAUUUAUUUUUUAUAUUUCUCUUAUAUUUAUUUAAUUACAAUUCUCACAUUUUAUUUUGUAAAUUAUAAUUUCUUUAUCCAACAUUUUUAUAUUGUCUUCCAUGUUUGUUAAAUGAUUUUAGUUUAUUAUUUCUGUAUAUUCUGAGCUUAAUAUUAAAAUGAUUAUACUCUAUUAAAGCCCUAUUUAUUUUUACUUUCACUUACCUAUAAAUGUAGUAUAUAGUA